UUCUGCUAGGAAGUGAUGUUUAUUAUGAUAUAGAACCAACUCCCGUUGCUAAACUCCCUAACGGCUACAGAUUAGUGCACACGCUCCUCGGACCCUUAAUUGCGGGAAAAUCAGAAAUAAAUUCCCCUAACCGAUUAAGCAACACAAUUUACAGAACUCACUCAUACUUUACCCAAAUUUGCGAAGAACUUACAGACAAAAAUUGUGACCGUCAAAUAAACGACCUAUUCUCGUUAGAAAACAUAGGCAUAACACCCCCAAACCCCGCUACAGAAAAUAAUGACGAUACAGUACACAAAGCCUUUCUAAAAACAAUAAAAAUGGUAAACAAGCGAUACCAAGUAGCUUUGCCUUUCAAAAGCGAUCCCAAACAAAUUUCGCUUUCUUCAAAUUUCGGUUUAGCCUGGGGACGCCUCCGAUCGACUCUCAACUCACUAAAUAAAAACCCAGAAAAUUUGACUAAAUACAAUGCAAUUAUUAAAGAACAGCUGGAUUUAGGAAUAAUUGAGCCUGUAAAAAAUAUUAAAGAAUUUUCGCCUCCCUUGCAUUACUUACCCCACCAACCCGUAAUUCGGCUAGAUAAAAAUAAAAUGCGCAUUGUUUAUGACGGCUCUGCGCGCGAAUCAAAAAACUCUCCCUCUUUAAAUGACACGCUCUACCCUGGCCCUCUUUUGAUGAAUGAAUUAAUCGGAGUCCUACUGCGCUUUAGAUUGCCAAAAAUAGUGGUUGUCUGUGACAUUGCCAAAGCUUUCCUGCAAAUAGAAGUCUCCCCAACUCAUCGUGACGCAACCCGAUUUCUUUGGGUUUUGGACAUAAACAAGCCAUUCUCUUCCCAAAAUAUACAGUGCUAUCGCUUUUGCCGUGUUUCUUUCGGUUUAACCUGCAGUCCUUACCUACUAGCGGCAACAAUAACUCAUCACCUCCACCAAAAUCUAUCCCCACUCUCGAAAGAAAUAGGCCAAAACAUAUAUGUCGACAAUAUACUAUUCUCUGCACAAAAAACAAGCGAAGCACAAGAAAAAUGUUUAAAAGCGAUUGAAAUAUUUGAUGCGGCUUCUAUGCCUCUGCGAGAAUUUUCCAGCAAUGAAAUAAAUGCUAUUAACCAUUUACCCGACUCGUACAGAUUGACAGGCUCCAAACAAAAAUUCCUAGGCAUACCAUGGGAAACAGACCUAGAUGAAAUCUCUCUGCAUUAA